AUGGCGGAGCUUACUGCGCUUCGUGAUGAAGUAAAGGAUGUGAAGGGAGAUUGGGCCUUGUGCAAAGAAGUUGUCCAAAACAAGACCCGAACUCCGAAGGAACCCAAGGUGUUAGAUUCUUUCAAGCCCAAAUCCUAUAAUGGGAAGAGGGAGGCGAAGGAGCUAGACAUGUUUUUGUGGAAUAUCGAGAGGUAUUUCAAGUAUCUCAAGAUGGAGGAUGAUGAGCCCAAGAUCAAUAUAGCAACGUUGUUUCUCACCGACAAUGCUCUCAUGUGGUGGGGUCGUCGAUCCAUGGAGAUCGAACAAGGUACGUUUACACUUGAGACUUGGGAUGAAUUUAAGAAGGAUAUUAUGUUACAUUUCUAUCCAGAGAAUGCCAAGUAUGAGGCAAAGGAGAAGCUGAGAUGGCUAAAGCAAACAGGGAGCGUGAAGGACUAUGUCGCCACGUUCACCAACCUGUUGUUCGAGAAUUGGGCCAAGCUGGAGUUACAAAGGAGACAAGCCCAAACCUUGUCAGAGGCAAUUGCUGCAGCUGAGUCUCUUGUUGAGUUCAAGAAGAAGGAUCAAGGCGACUCCAAGUUCAAAGGAAUGAAAGAUAGCAGUGGAUCCGGUGGGGGAGACAACAAGCCAAAAGAGGAUAGCAAGUCAGGAGACAAGUCUGAUAGUCACAAGUCUGAUAGUCACAAGUCAUCCGGGAAGAAGAAUGACAAAGGUGACAAGGGGAAAGACAAGUCGAAGCUAGCUUGCUACUUGUGCGAUGGAGAGCACAUGAUACGGGAUUGUCUGCAAAAGAAAGCUCUGAAUGCUAUGAACCAAGAGAAGGGAAAGGAGGCCGAUAGGGAAGCAAGAAUGGGGGCCAUUCACCGCUUCAAUGAUGUACAAGCCAAAAUCGCUCAACCACAAGCAAGCUAA